GCUAAAAUCGAACCACAUUUAUGCGCAUUUUUCUUAUUUUUUUUCACCCAUGUUGUCUGGACACAAACAGAGUAAGAACGCAGGUGGAAAACGACGCAUAUUGGCGGUGUAGAUGUCCAUUGAAAAGACAUUUGAGUGCUGGAUCGUGAGUCGUGAAUCAAACGAAUCAAAUUGCUCGGACACGAAGAUACAACUAAAGCAGGAAUUGAAAUAAUCGAUUCAGUUAAGUGAAUCAGAAUCCUAAGAAUCGGUUCGAACGUGCGCAUGUGCAGUAUGAAAGUACAAACUUUCGACAAAUGUAUUGUCAGUAGACACAAAGUAAAACCCGAGAUAAUGAAGAGUUAGACUGGAAAUUCCAUCUUCUCCUCUGGUACCUGAGAUGUUGUUGCAGCACUAACACUUACUUGCUAAACAGAAUUUUGACAGACGUGCUGUCAACAGACACAAAGCUGAAGUAAAUCCGAGUAUUAGACUGGAGAAACUUGCCAAAGGUUGUUCAGGGGAAAAUGCAACCUGAAGGUCAUCACAUUGAAGUCUAUGCUUAUUUUGCUCUGGAGCUGGUGAUCAUGGCGGGGACGGUCAUGCUGGCCUACUACUUCGAGUACACGGACACCUUCAACGUGCACGUGCAGGGCUUCUUCUGCUACGACAGCGCGUACACGAAGCCGUACCUGGGACCGGAGGAUGCGAGCGCCGUCCCGCCCGCGCUGCUCUACACCGUGGUGGCCGGUGUGCCCACACUCGUGAUAACAGUGACAGAAGCUGUGCUGUUCCUGAUGCAAUAUACAUCAAAAGAUCUGGAUAGUCGAAAGAAGACCAUUGCAACUGGGGACUGCUGUUACCUCAACCCACUGGUGCGCAGGACUUGUCGCUUUUUGGGUGUAUACAUGUUUGGCCUCUUCGCGACCGACAUCUUUGUGAACGCGGGUCAGGUAGUGACAGGAAACCUGGCCCCUCACUUCCUGACUGUGUGUAAACCCAACUACACUGCACUGGGCUGCCAGCAGGCCUUACGCUACAUCAGCCACCAGGAGGCCUGCACCGGCAACGUGGAGGACAUCCUGCAUGCCCGCAAAACCUUUCCCUCCAAAGAGGCGGCACUCAGCAUUUACGCCGCACUCUAUCUGGCAAUGUACAUCACUUGCUCGGUGAAAGCCAAUGGGACUAGGUUGGCUAAGCCAGUCAUGUCUCUGGGGCUGAUGUGCCUGGCCUUUCUGACCGGGAUCAACAGGGUGGCAGAAUACCGCAACCACUGGUCUGAUGUAAUCGCUGGCUUUAUCAUCGGAGUGGCCAUUGCCACCUUUCUGGUUGUGUGUGUGGUCCAUAAUUUCAAAGGAAGCCAGAUGUUAAGUGAAGACCCCCAGCAGGAGGACAUGAUGGGCUCGCCCAGGGUGGAGAGUCCCCUUGAAAAAUACAUCGCCUCGCAGAUGGCUGAGCUAAGAGCGGAAGAGGAGGCGCUGACACCCCGCUCUCUGAAAACACGCCUCCUAAGCUUCUUUGAAUGGAUCGCAGGCAAAAGAAACCACUUCAACCACCUGCAGAGCACAAGGCAAUAAUAAACAAUCACAUCGCCUUCGACGAAGUCACAUGACCUUGAGUCAGCAGUGUGGCAGACGCAUUGGACAUCCACACUCUUUACCGUGCAGUCGUCAUAGUCAUGGUGCACACUACCCGUGCAAGUCAUAUCCUCAGUGGUGGUGUUUUGGAUCACACUCCCCAACAACUUAUAUAUAUGUACUGCUGUUUGCACAAGGUACCCCCUUACUACCACACCCAUUCCCCUUCUGGUUUGUGUUGUUUGAUAGUGAGCCAUGACAACUGGAACUCAGUUCAACCCAGGAGUCACUGUGUGUAGCUGGAGAGACUGCACCUGUGUAAGAUGACCAGAAUUUGCUACUUAUGAGAUUUAAGAAGAUAUGAACUUAUUGCUGUUGAUGUGUGUAUUUUCUUCUUAUUUUUCACACUGUAUCAUAUGUAUAAUACAUUGUGCUAUAAUGUUUGUCAAUAUAUAUGUGACAUAACAUUUAAUUCUUUCAGUUAAAGUUAGAAGUUGCCCAUGCCCAAAUCUGUUUAAGUGCACUUUAAUUAGUAAAUUCAAGGAAUCUCAUGACAUGGCAUCAAAACACAGGUUAUGAACCCCAGAUUCUGCUGAUACAGUCGCAACAUAAGUCCGUGUUGAAGUCUUAUGGAGCCUGGUAUGAGCACAUCCUGGCCUGCUGUGCAUCCUCCUCUCCUUCAUUCUGCUGUGUGAAGAAUGGAUCAGUUGUGUAGACAAUCACCACUGCUCUUUUAGAAGCCUUCCUGGAAAAUAUACUAAAUCAAAGUUUUGCAUAAAUGCAGAUACAGGUCAAGAGCUUGAGUCAAUGUUCACAUUAAACAUCAGAUUGGGGAAAACGUAAUCUCAGUGUUUGUGCCAGAGGGGCAUGUUUGAGAAUUUUGGAAACAGUUGAUUCAGUUCAGACAUCACAGUGGCAGGGUGAUUUAGGAUCCUGACCCUGGGAUAUCCACACACAACAGUUUCAAUUGUUGCAAAGAAUGAUUGAAAAAAGCAACAUCAACAAAUAAAAAGUUCAAAAAUUAGGAGAAUAAAAGCAGUUGAGAGAAGAAUAGCCAGACUGGUUUGAGCUGACAGGAAGGCUCUGGUAACUGAAAUAAGCACUCUUUACAACAAAGCUGAGAAGAAAAGCAUUUCAGAAAACACCAUACAUCAAACCAUGAACUGGUCCUCUUUCAUCAGCAAGUUUCCAACUCCAGAACUGAAUGAUUUUUUUAUAUUCUCUUGUGUGAAAAUCCCAGGAUCAGGUAACCUGGAUCACAUUUCCCCCAUUCUAAUGAUGGCAGGCUGGAUAAUUGAAUGAAAGAGCAGGUGUAUAUUUGCUACUAUUAAAGUAGCCGAUGAGUGUACAUCACUUAACACAUAACAAUACUUGAACCAGUCAUUUAGGUAAGACCAUUAUGCUGAAAGAUGAUUCUCUUUCUCUCAGGCCUGUGUUAUUUUUAAACUCUUAUUGUUGUUUCUCUUUUUUUUCUUUCUUUCAAAUUUCAGUAAUUGGCAUGUACUAGUUCUGUUAUGUCUGGAGAGAUGCCAUAGAUGACACCUGUAACAUGAAAAUCAAACCGAGAUACCUCAGCUACAGUUAAUUAAAUGACCAGAUGUUUAAAUCUUUAUCAAUCUAAUCUAAAAUACAAGGUGGAAGCAGCAGAAUUGAAUUGUAGUAGAAUAUCUGAGCUGUCAAAUAGUGACCACUACAGUAGCCACCGGUAGAUUAGCAUCCAGUUGCAUUGCCGGUUCCAGUCACCCGCUACUUGCUCAUGUGACCAGUUCAUGGAAGAGCAAUAACAUUUCAAGCUUUCCCACUUUCAUGGAUCCUUUUGGCUGUUUCUCUAAAUGAUGGUCUAUUUUUCUAUCAGAAUUCCAGCACUUUAAAACUACAGAAAUGUCAACUGAAAACUAGAAGAAGAUGAUUUAAAAUAUCCUCUACAUGACUAUUUACAUAAGCACUUACAGUGUUAAUCAGGAUCUACUAAACUAAUGAAUGUGGACUAAAGUUACUGCAGUGCUUGUAGACAGUAUUAAAGUCCAAUGAAUAAAUAAGACCUGAAGAGUGAAAAUGCACAUACAGUAUAGUUUCUCAGAUUUUUCUUACUGUUUAUUUUCUCAAGUUUGUACAGUACAUGUUAUGUGUCUUAUAAAAUAACAAAAAAGGACAUAUUGUUCCAUGUGUGAUUCAUCUAACAGAAAAAAAGUCCUGAGAAUUGGUGAUAUAACUUGUUGAAUUACUGUUCCAAUGACUGGAAUUAAUUUCUCAUUUAAAUCCCUGAUUUGUUUCUAACAUUUCUAUUUUGCAUAUUAUAAACAUGACUGCGAUUUUCUAUUUCUUUACAAGUUUCUACAUAAUCUUUGGUUGUAAAAGUGCGUGCUUACAACCUUCUGGACUUUUUUAACGAUUCAUUUCUUUCGCCGUUCACCUGUGACUUGUGUAGCUGUUGGUUUUUGUAUGAAUGUUGCAGGUCGGCAUCUUCUGAAUUUUAAUCAGUUCCAGCUCACAGCUUCAUUAAAAAUAUUGUGUCUCAUCAAACCAUGACCUUUUACACUGUAGAGGAAAUGUCUUUGAAUAAAAUAUAUUCUGACCUUG